AUGGCGGAGGAUUCUUCUGGUGGCCUACAAGGAACGGUGAGGUCCAUUGGCUACGGAAUCAGAGAUAGAAGCCAUGGGUUCUCUUCUCAGCCUCUCAACAUAACCCCUACAUCUGAAUCUGAAGAUUGUAUCGAGGUUACAGCAGCUGAGAUUGAUGAAGAGGGAGGCAGAGGAAGUAGGAAGCGGUGGAGUGCAGAGGAGGAUGUUCAUCUCAUAAGUGCUUGGUUAAACACAAGCAAAGAUCCAGUGGUGAGCAACGACCAGCGGCUACAAAGUUUCUGGAAGAGGGGUGCAGACUAUUACACAGCUCAUGAUGGAGGAACCAGUUCAAACGCAAGAGGGCCUUCACAAUGUAAGGCAAGCGAGUACAAGAAGGAAGAGUGGACAAUCAUAAGACGAUGUUGUGAGCAUGCGUAUGAGUUUUACAAGAAUGACAUGAAGAAGCCGUUUAUGCUUGGACAUUGUUGGAGAGAACUGAAGAAUGAUCAGAAAUGGAUCACAGAACGACAUGAAGAAUGUAGCAAUAAGCGUACUAAGCUUGCUUCUGAAGGAGAUUUCUCAGCUCCUUCGAGCAAUGGUGGAGACGAGAUGAGGCCUCCGGGGGUUAAAGCUGCCAAGAAAAAAGGAAAGAAACCUGCAGUUAGUAUUGAUGUGGAUGAUAGUUCUGUCAGUAAGUUGGAUAAGAUAAUAGCAAUGAAGGAUCAAGAACAGGCGGCUAAAGAGAGGCACGACAAAAUGAAAUUGCUAGACAUCCUGCUUAACAAGGGUUUUGGGAUGACAUAUGAAGCUGUCUCGUUGCCAUCUAAAGUGAAACAUGUUGGUAGGCAAUGA